UCACAACAGUUCAGGCACUGACGAACACAACAAAGAUAUAUUUACUUUUAAACUUGAUGGGUUGCGUACCUUUUCUACUAUAACAAUACUACUUCCAAAACAACAUGGUCAUUCAGACGGAGGGAAUUAUUACUUAACUUUAUGCGAAGUUAAAAUUUACGCAGUUCCACGUCCUGCGUGCGAUGAAAGACAAGCAAACGUUACAAACGGUCAAACGCAGAUAUACAACAACUCUGGCAGGGUUAUUGGUCAUGAGUAUACUGUCGGUACAAUCAUUAAAGUACAUUGUAAAGAAAAUCUCCACCCCGAUGGACCACCACGUUUUCAGUGUCUGGCAACAGGCAAAUAUGAUUAUCCUGUUCCUGAAUGUGUUGAGGCGUGUGUACCAAUCCCAAAACCUAGCAAUGGCCACGUGCUUCCGGAUCAGUUGUUAUAUGAAGUAAAUGACUCAUUAAAAAUCAUCUGUAACGUCGGUUAUGAAACUCUCAAGACGGACACUAUUCAUUGCCUGAAUGAUGGCAAAUGGGAAAGUCCAAUUCCGACUUGCCAACGUGUUUAUUGUUUACUACCAAGGAAACCUGAUCAUGGAUAUUACAGUUUAAAUGGACACACAGAAAUUGAAAACGUUUCAAUUUCAAGAUUGCCAUACUUGGCAGAAGUAAUAGGAUUAUGUGAUACGGGUUACGUGAGCAAUCACUUCCAGAAAAGAAUAUGCAAUAGUGACAAGACCUGGAGUAACCCGGAAACAACAUGUACACCUGUGCAAUGCUCUAAUCCUCCAAAUGUCACUAAUGCGUUUUAUACUUUUCAAAACGACAAUCAAAUAGUCCAGAAAACGACAUUUGAUUACAACACAGUGCUGAAAGUAUCUUGUAAAAUAGGAUAUACUGUAAUGGGUCAGGCAAAUCGAACAUGUGAAAGUGAUAAAACAUGGAGUGGUAUAGAUCCAUAUUGCAUUGUUGUUACUUGUGACUUUCCAGGAAAGUUUGACAAUGGUCAUUAUGUAACAAGUGAUUAUAAUACCACGGAGAGAAAUACACUUACGUCCUAUCUUACAGGUAAACUUGACUUUUCUGCAGAGAUUGAAGCAGUUUGUGAGAAAAAGUUCAUGUUAAAAUCACCAAAUAGUACUCGACAAUGUACAUCAUCAGGACUGUGGGACGGCGAGAAGCCUGUUUGUGUUCCCAUAAUGUGCAAAUGGCCUUUGUUUCUUGAAAAAGGAUAUUAUCAAGCAUCAAAUAGCCCAACAGCACGUGGAAUGUCGUAUAAUACGACGCUCAUGGCUAUAUGUAAUGAGACGUACAAACUAUCUGACAACUACAAAGACAGACGAUGUAAUGAAAACGCGGUCUGGGACAGUUCUCCUGCUGUCUGUGAACCAAUGUGCGUAUUACCAGUCGUGGAAAAUGGCCAGUUCAUAAAUGUGCUUUCUACACAGUUUGCGUUAGGAACAACACUUCGUUUUACUUGCUACCCUGGAUUUACAACAGGAUCGACUAACGAUACUAUAACAUGUCAACAAAAUCAUCAAUGGAGUUCCAAACCGGUUUGUCAAGAUUCCCUUUGCAUAAUACCAAACAUUACGAAUGGCAAAUUUAUAAAUGUACUGUCUACAAAGUUUGAGGUAGGGACAACACUUCAAUUUACUUGCGACAAGGGAUUUACGGCAGCAGCCUCGAAAGACACUAUUGCCUGUGAAGAAAACUUUCAAUGGAACAUUACGCCAGUGUGCCAAGCUGUAUCUGACACCUCUAGCGGAUAUGUAGUUGUGAUAGUUGUUGUGGUUGUAGUUGUUUUUGUGUCUGUGAUAAUAUUGGUAUUAGUCUAUAGAAGGUAGGUUUUACGUUAUGUUUUAUGAGUAGCAUAAUGAAAUAUCCUAAUGAAAUUUGAGACAUCUUCUUACAUUUUUGUACAUAUGAUAAUUAUCAAACGCGUUGUAUAUGUUCGAAUUGAUACGAGUGUACGCUUUAAAUCAACACAAAUUAUCUACACAUAUACAAUGACAACAUAAUUAUAUCAAUUGAAACUUAUAUAUUUACAUAAAGAUGUUCAUGAUACUGCUUGUAGGAGAAAAAUACAACAAAAAGACUCGAAACCCGAACCAACAGUU